CUCUGUUCCUGCUUCCCCCCCUAACAUGUCAUUCUAUUGAACACAUAUCCAAUCAACCUCCCCCGCUAUCUCCUCGUCUGAUUGUCUACUCCCAUCAGGCAAUCGUCGAUCGGCCCGUGCGCCGUCGGCUACAAACCUCUUUGUUCUCAGGCGCAACCCAAAAGCUAAACGACCACCCUUAAGCUUCCCACGCCUCGUUGAAUCCCGGCUCGCCGCUCGAGACACAAUGGGUAUGUUCAGGCCCGGUCGGGUCCGGUCCCUGUUGCUCGCUUUCCUCGCGACAGUGCUCGUGUGCACCGUUUAUCUCUACUGGACUCCAACCGCCGCCGCAUCCUCCACCGUCUCGGUCGUCCCAAGCACGGCCUUCGAAGUUCCUCUCGUCGAACGCCAGAAGGAUUUCUGGAAAGCUUUCCAGCCCAUUCUCGAACGUCAUAAUCCCAAUUGUUCAUCUCCCCAGAAAAAUGGCGACGCUGGCGCAAUCCAUUUCGACCCGGUCAAGGACAGUCCGCGGCCGGAUCUGACGGCCAUGAGUGAUGCGGACCAGAAAGCCAUGGAGGAUGCGCAUGCCAACUUUGUCGAAGAUAUUAAAAAGGCUGGGAAAGAUCUGAAACCCGCUCACAGCCCCGGAAAGCGAGGCUUGGUCUCGACUGCCGGUGCGACGUAUCUUCCGGUAUUUGUCUCGACUCUGCGUAUGCUGCGCCGGUCUGGGUCUACUCUUCCAGUAGAGGUGUAUAUGAAGGAUACAAGCGAAUAUGAGAAACACGUGUGUAAUGAUAUUCUGCCCAACCUCAAUGCACGGUGCAUGAUCCUUGCCGACGUGGUGGGGAAGAACGUCAUUGAGCAUUAUCAGCUGAAGAUCUUCGCCGUCCUCUUUUCCUCGUUUGAGGAGAUUGUGUGGAUGGACGCAGACUGCUUUCCGUUGGGUAAACCCGAGGAGCUUCUCGAUUCGGAACCUUUUACCUCGACAGGUGAAGGCGACAAGGAAACUUUCCUUCAAGCUGCUACGGCCUUGGGUGCACCCUUUUACACUGUGAGCGAAAGAGUACAAGCGGUCGGCCAUCAAAACGGAGAGAAGUUAGCAGGUUCGGCCAUGGCCCAAACCGAUCCUCGUGAAGACCACGCCCUCACUACGCAAGACAAGUGGCGAGUCAAAGACUCGUCCGUGGCAUCGGCCCCGCAUAUCUUCUUCAUCCAUGCCAAUUAUCCCAAAUUCAACCCGGGAGACAACGUCUUCGGUAUGGGCUGGGAAACCACUCCGACCAUCAAACAGGAUGGAUCCGAUAGUCGUGCGUGGACUGCCCCGCCCGAUACUCUUCGCCGAUUUGGAUAUGAUGCGGAAAAGGCCUACUGGGAAGAGAUCAAGUGGGUGACCUGCCACCUGGAGAAUGUGUUCAAGUCAUGGGAACACAAGGCCGGUCUUUGUGUGAAAGUAGAGGAUUAUUGGAAGAAUGUCUUUGCCGAGCCGCAUGACGACGAUCCUAAAUUUACUGAAGACGGUUGAUCAUGUAUUCAACUUGGUCUUUUCACCUCUCUUCGGGCCACGUUGUGGCCACGAGUCCCAUCACCCCGUUCACAAGGGGAGUGCGCGCCACCCUCUUUCAGGUGUAGGACCUGCUUCAAGGCAGUGCUCUCUAUAUCUUGGGAUAACGAUAGAGCCUCCAGAUGCCUCAUAUUAUAUCGACCACGAUAGAGCCCCUUCGUCUGACACGACAGAGGUACCGAGAUCUGGCAGCAGCCAGUGUCUUCCCGACAUGGGAACCCGGUGAAAAGCACUGGUCUCCUCGCUACUUGCUCAAGGUCGAGACCUCACUUUACCGAUUAUACAUUGUACAUUAGCGACCUGGCCCUCCCAAGCCCAGCUGCAUAUAUUAAAACCUAAUAUUCUCUCGAACGAAUCACGAAGACAGUUUUCAACACUACGAACUAAAACACUUUGCAACGCAUCCUUCCAUUUAUUGAAUAUUUUUAUUCGUCGCUCUCAAUGCUGUUCAAAGGCACGAGGCCCAAACAUGAAAACAUGAAAAUCGUCAUAUCGUACAGGAAAUACAAAUCCCCACCCCAUCGUGGUCAAUAAAUACCAAGUCGACCUAGAUCUUCAUCUCGGGAAAUCAUGAUCAUUUCAUCAUGGCACGUCUGCCCAUUCACUUAUUUCUUGAUGCCCUUCUCACGCAGACGCUGCUCAUCCUCGGCUUGCAGCUCGGCAUCAAUCUGGGCACCCUUGGAGGGAGUGUUACCGUGCAUCUUGGCCUAGAGCGCAGCAGAAGACAUGUUAGCCACAUCUGUUUCUUGAAUACACGUGAAAAAUCGGGGUGUUCAUUCUUACCGGCUUUGUGGGAUCCUGCUUGCUCAGCUCAGCCUCCGGGUUGGAGACAUUGUUGUGAUGGUGCGAGGAAUCGGGCUUGUUGCCCUGGGAAGCGAGCCUAUUGGCGAUGGAGCGCUCAUCCUUGGAGUCAAGGUUCUUGUGGCUCCCCUUGACACCUUCCUUGUAACGCUCGCGCUCGUUAAUGACGGACUGGGGCUCGUUACGCUGAUCACCGGCCUCGUAAAUCUGGCUGUUGCCAACGCUCGACUGGCCGGAGCCG